CUGCGUUUUAAAUAUUUUUCUUCAAUGGCUCCGUUUUCAACGUGCUCCAGAUGCCAUGCCCGAACCCGGAAAUUGGUGAAGGAUCCAUUGACUUCUAAAAUGAUCUACAUCUGUCCGAAAUGCUUCAGGUCCAAGGAAUGCAAAGAUUACCUAAAAAACGUGAAGGCCCUGGAGGAGAAUCGACUAGAUACCAUCGACAAGCCUAAGGAAAACACUAGGGGAAAAAAGACAGUGGAAAUAGAAAAACCAAAAGUGUUGGUCCAAAAAAAUGCCAAAAAAGAUGACAAAAGAGGCACACCAAAGAAAAUCGAAACUCAAAAAGUGUUGCGGGGUAGAAAUGUCCAGAAGGAAGAAAAAGGCAAAGACCCAGUCAGUAAGCCAAAAGACGAAAAAGAAAACAUUCGGAAGGAAGAACCAGCCAAGCCAGAAAAGCUAAUCGCACCGGGAAAACCAAAGAGGAAUAUCAAGACCCGGACCAAAAUCACACCACCUGUAAUGCAGAAUGUGGUCAUAAAUGGAAAAAAAUAUAUUGCCAUUAGUGAGACAGCGGAUGACGAUUAGUUCUUUGGUGGCCCAACAACUCUAUUUUUGUUUACAUUUUUAUGUACAUACAUACAUA